AUUUGCCAGCACGAUCGAGCAUCAACCGAGUAGGGGUGAGACCGCUGCGCCCAGUGCAAAUCUCACCCGUGCCGUGGACAGUCAACCACCUUCAGUGUGUCCGUAUCCGUGUGCUGGAUCUUUUUUUUUCUCGUCGCUGUUUCGUGUCGUUGUUGGACCCGCAGCCCAUCUUAUCCGCGUGUGCGCUUACUUGCGUGCGUGUGUGUAGGUGUCGAGUGUACGUGUGCGCAGUGUAACGACAGUGUGUAGGUGUGCAUAUGUGUUUGUGCGACUUCUAGUUGUUUGUGUGUGCGCGCGUUUUAAGGGGAAAACGGAGUGUGUGCAACAAGUGCGUUUCCUUCAAUCUUCCAACCUCAAUCCAAAAGGCUCCCAAAAAGCUCCCAAAAAGCUUCGGCGCAGCAAGCAUCGAGAACCGCGCGGUGUGCGAGAAGAACCCCCUACGAUAGCGUUUUACUUUGCUUUGCUGGUGUGCGUUUGCUAGGCACUAGGCACACUAUUUUGGGCUCAAGCGGAAUAGAAGGCGAACGGAAAGCUAAACUCCCGGUUACACGUCUUCCAAAACGGUUUUUUUCUGGCUGGCUGGCUGGCUGCCUGUUGCCUAUCCUUCACGACGAUCAUCGACAUCGGGGGUGCCCAAGUGGUGUCCAUCGUGCAUAGAGACAGCCGGUUUCUAGCCUUUUGCUUGUCACAGUGCGCUACACAUCGACCAGCAGCACAGAUCGCAGCUCAUCAGGUUCUCAAUCUGAGUGGCAGACAUUAGCACUUUGCCGGCAUUCAGGUAAGAUUCAUACACAACUUUAGACGAAUCUGCUGUAUAUUAUCAGUCAAAAGUGAGCUGUCAAUUUGAUAGUUUGAUACAGCCCGCUCGAAUAUCCCAUCUGAAUAGUCUGGACUUAAGUCAGUCAGCAAGAUCAGUUACGCAGCGGACGGUGACCGCAGCUGUUCGAGUUUCGGUCGGCUCUCCAAGUGCACCACGGAAGGCACCACGGUUUCGCGUCUACGAUCGUCGUCGGUAGCGAGCGCAAACGUGACAAAUUCGAGCACCCAGCAUGGCUUCCACGCUAAUGUUCUGGAACAAGCAGAACUCCAACUCCAACCAAAAUGGAAACGAUGCCAAGAACACAAAAAACGGCCGCAACUGGUUGCACGCGCCAGAUGUGCUCGUCAACGGGCACGUCGCUUAUCUAGUCAAAUACCUCGGUAGCACUCCUGUGGAGCAGCCCAAGGGUAUCGAGGUCGUGAAGGAAGCGAUCCGGAGGCUGCAGUUCACACAGCAGAUGAAGAAGGCCGAGGGCGGUGGCAAUGUGAAGACGAAGAAGGUUGAAAUCACCAUCAGUGUGGACGGCGUUGCAAUACAGGAACCACGAUCGUUGACGAUCAUGCACCAGUUUCCGCUGCACAAGAUAUCGUACUGCGCGGACGAGAAGGGCGUCAAGAAAUUCUUCAGCUUCAUCGCGAAAACGGGCACCGGCGCAACGACCACGGCCUCCAUCAGUUCGGCCGACGAUACGAAUAGCUCGAACAACUCCACCACCAGCAACGGUACGGAGGAUCGGCACGAGUGUUUCGUCUUCAUCUCGAACAAGCUCGCCUCGGACAUAACGCUUACGAUCGGGCAAGCGUUCGAUCUGGCUUACAGGCGCUACGUCAGCGACAGUGGCAAAUCGUUGGAGUCGGUAAAACUUCUCGCGCAGAAAAAACAGCUAGAACACACGAUCACCGCCUACCGGCAACGGCUGCGUGAUCUGUCCGAGCUGGUGUCGAAAGCGGAGCUGGAGAAAUUGUUGCUAAAGAUGGGUCUUCGAGACAUUUGCGAUGUUCCGGCGCUAGAAAAUGGUGUCGAGGGCCACAACGGCUACAACAGCAAUAAUAACAAUAUUAACAGCAACAACCACAACGUGAAUGGCAGCAAGACGCCAGAUUUGGGAAUUGAUGUCUCAUUGCCGAACAAUGAUGAUCAACUGUUGAUCGAAACGUCACCAAAACAUUUUGCACCGAUCGUACCACCGAGAAACAUCCAGAAUCAGAUCAACAAUACACUGGAAGCACUGAAGCCAUCGGUCGGUACGAAGCUGGAAGGAUUGCUGUUGAACUCCGACUCGGACAGUGAUUUCGAUCCGCGUGCACCAGACACCGACACGAGCAUCUCUACCGGCGGUGGCAACAAGAUCAGCAACGAUCUGUUCGGCUUUGAGCCCCCGAAACCUACCAAUGCCACCCUUGGCCAGCAGCUCUUCGGCAGCGUCACCAGCAACAACGGUCACAAUAAUGGUUUUACCAACGGAAAUGGUGCGGUCACGAACGGAUUCGGCGCACCGAACAGUCCUCCUCCAAUUUUGGCUCCUCCACCAGCAAAGUCCGCUCCACGACGAACGGUGCCGCAGACCAACGGUACGACCAACGGAACCAGCGCGUACCAGGACCUGUUCGGAUCGGCCCCAUUCAAUCCGCAGGGCAAUGAUGAUUCGGCAGCGUCGUUGGAAGAAUCGUUCUCGGCCAACGCUAGAUCGGGCAUCGGUUCGUUUUCGCAGGAAGUGAACGUUCUGAGCAAAAAUUCGUACCAUCUCGAUUCGAUCCUGGCGUACGGUGAGGCCGGCUACAACGGAACGGGCGCCUUUAAUGAACCGAGCGCACCCAGUAGCACCACCGGCACUGCUACAGCCGCUGCCGCAAAUCUGACCUCUAAGUUGAAUCCGUUCGCGGCGGCCAUCCGCAACAAUCCGCUGGCGGCCGUACAGCACAAAGCCGCCGCGUACGACGUGUUCAAGAAUGCGAGCGACAAGGAACGGUUAACCACUAACACCGGUACGGUACGGUCACAACCAGCAUCGUUCGAUACGGACGAUGGCGGCGAGGUGGCACACUGUGCUAACAUGACGGCCCCGGCCGCCCUUGCAUCCGACACCGGUCUGACUAACCAAUCAUCCGGUCCGACGGUGAACGAACCGGCUGCCGCUUCCGACGCACUGUUUGAAGAUUUUGCUUUAUCGGCUUUUAACGAGUUUAAGAAAGAUUUAAGCAUCAACAGCCGCAACGUGAAGCGCCAGUCGUCGUUCCAGCAGGACCGGCUUCAUAAACCAUCGCUAGCAGGUUCACACAAAACCAUCGGUGGUAGCGUUGAGGGUGCUAACAGUGGUGGGGCUCGCUUACGCCGGGUGCCCGCUGGUGGCCCUGUGCUGCUUCAGCCCGAGAUGAAGACGACCAAGAACGGUUUCUUUAGCUCCGACGAUGUGUUGGAUACGUUCGACCCGCUAAAGAAGUAAACGGCUUCAUCCAUCUUCAUUUUGCUGCAAAAAAACGAACGUCGGUUUCGCGUCGUCUCAAACUCGGCAUCAAAUUCGGACCGCAAAACGCAACGUCCCUCGAGCUGCUGGGUGGCUGGAAUUAGGUUGGAGUUUUUUGUCCCAUUUUUUUUUUGUUCAAAUUUUUGUUUUGUUUUGUUUGGCAAUUGGAGUGGCAAAUGUAUGCCCAAAUAUGCUAUCGCUGAUGUGGAAGUGAAUUGUAAUUUGUUAUAGUAAUUGUAUGUACUCCAAUUAAGUAGACGGGGCGGAAACCGUUCCCCCCUACCCUUUACAACCUUUACACGGUUCUGUGUGUGUGUGAGAGUGAUUUCCUCGAACAAAGUCGUUGCCAAACACCACCGUUUAGAUAUGAUAUCUUUCCGACCUACCAUCAUGAAGCUCUGUCUCUCGACUUAACCUUUUCCAAAAAAAAAACGAACAUAAAUGGUGCUCUCGGAUUGAAAUUGGAUAGGAAGCGUUGUGAUGCCAAAAGAAUCUUCAUGGUGACAUUAUAGGAAACAGCAAGUGUAGUAGAGGUGCGAGAAGAGUAAAGUCAAGACAUUCAGGCACAGCUAGGCAAAGCAAACAAGGGAGUUUUGUUACACCAUCAAGCGAUAGCUUAAUUUAUAUUUACUUUUAAUCAAACACUAACGUAAAAAAACGCCCUGUGGUAAAAAAAGGAAUCUAUCAUAAAAAAAGGACUAUCCUAAACGAAACAUUCCCUUCGAUCUGUGUACAGAGUUAUAUAUUCAAACGUUUACUAUCGCUUCCUUGUUUCGUUUGUGUGUUUUUGUUUUGCCACUCAUUUUUCCUACCAUUCCUGCAAUUAGUGAAUCAAUUGGUGCAUUAGAACAAACAGUUAGGGCGCUGGCGUUGAGGUGAACAGUUCGUGAUGGGAACUAAUUUUACCGUACCCAUGCUUUUGCUUGUAACGAAGGAAGGAUUUUAAAAACAAAAAACAAACGCUUAUAGAAUGUUUUUGACUACGUUUGCCGUUCGCGAGAAAUGUUGAAACAGGGAGGGAAAGAGUCGUUAAAAAUUGCUUUGCUAAUUUUGUUGUCAACGUUUGGGUAAUGUGCCGACCCGUGUUGACCUAACGUCCAACACGGUGUGUGCUCCAGUGUGUUUAUACGUUGUAAAUUUGAAUUUGGCUUGGCUCUUCGAUCCAUUUGACUCUCUCUCGCAUUAUUGUGUUAGCCUUUUGUUUGUUUGUUUAUUUUGGCUUUUUUUGUGUUUUUGUAUCGCGCGUAAAAUCCCAUCACGAACCCAUUCAAACACUGUGACAGAAUAAUACGAACCAUUACACUUUAGGGUACAUAUAUCUAUAUAGAUCAACAUAUACAUAUAGUGGUAUGCAAUAAUACAUGUUAGCUGCUUAAGGUGGGUAGAAGAAAACGGGAAAGGAAGAAAAAAACCCGGUUCCAAGUUUGGACCGGUAGCCAGCAAAAGUUUUCCAUUUACUACUACUCUCUUUUUGCUUCCCUUCACACCUGUGGUCCAGCAUUGGGACGGUUGUUAUCUAGACGAGCAAACAAAAAAAAAAUAACAGCAUUCGGAAGGAAUCGGUAGGGCCAUUUGUUAUCGUAGUUGCGUAAACAUAUCAAUCUAUACAGAUGGAAUUAUAAAUAUAUAUGUAAAAUUAUGUUAGAAGUGUAUGUAGCGAAUAAACUAAAAAACAGA